UAUUAUGCUAACAAAGUAGGAAUACAUCCUUUUAUUUAUCACAAGAUGGUGAAUCUAAUAAUCAUAGUUCCUCUCCUCUCCAUUCUCUGCAGUACGUUUGCAGACAACAAUAAACAAUACCAGUUCUUCAGAAGUAAACAUGAUAUAGAGUUUAGCCGACCUAUUCAUCAACAUUUUAACCUUCAUCAAUCAGCUGACCGACAACAACGAAAUCUACCUCAAAGAAAACAAUCUUUAAACACUCUGACUCAGGAGGCCAGAUCUAUUCAAUCCAAUCAAGAUGGACCGCAGUUACAUCAAAAGGGGGUACACGCUCAUCAAGAAAGACCACACUCCCGUCAGGGAGGCCAAAAGGUGCAUCAGGGAGUGCAUCAUGCGAAUCAAAAUCAACAUGGAGUAGAAAAUGCACAUCAAGGCAUUCAGAAGCACCAGAAGGGAGUAUUUACGAAUCACCAGAAAAAGUUACACCAGGGAGUUGUAAAGAAACACCAAGGCGUCUCCCAAAUCAAACAGGGAGUACCUCAAAAUGGACAGAGAUUGCCACAGUUCUAUAGAGGAGCAACUCAGAAUGUGAAGAGUCAGCAUCAUAACAUUCAACAUGAAAAACAGUCCAACUUGGCUAAUCAAAAGCAGGCUCUACGGCACCCUCAGCAAUCUCAUCAUCCGUCAAUUCUAUCAAACCAGUAUCAGCAUACCCCCCAUCCUCACCCUGUUCCACAAAAGUUAACAACAGACAAGAAAACAGUGAAUAAACCUGGUUCACCAGUGCUUAUACCUAGGAUAACUAAUAAAGUUCCCCGGAAAAUUGACCAAACACCACUGAAGCUGAGCAAAAAUAAUAUUUUAAGUGAGAAACUUCAAAACUCUUUCAAGACCAAAAAUGCUCAGAAGGAAAAUGUGAAAGAAAAUGAAGCAGAGGAAUCAAAACCCGAAGUUACCAAGGUUAAAGCGCCUAAACAACAUCUCAACCAUAAAAAAGAUACCUCUGUAAAACCUGCAAAAGAAGAGAAGAAGCCUGAUGUUGCUGAACACCGUGAUUAUAAAGUCGCCUCCAAGCCAAAGUUCAUAAUAAAGCCUGCAGGACCAAGUCAGCAGUAUGGCUGGGUAGGACAUGGACACUAUGGUCCUCUUAAUCUGCAGAAUAUAUUCCGACAGGCAGGAAUCAAUACACAGUGGAUUUCAGGAGAAAAUGCAGUGUUUGAAGCUGGACUUACCUACCCUGCUCCCCCUAGUAAACAUCAACCUGCCGAAUCAAAUUCUUCUCCCCCAGCUUAUGAACGUCCUACCACUAAAACUCAUACAACAGUAUCCCCUUCUUAUGCCCCUUCAACUGCGCCAGUCUCGUCUUAUUCUCCUCCUAUAGCAGCUUCAUCAUAUGUAGCACCAACAACAUCUGCUCCAGUUUAUAUUCCAGCCUCCCCAUCCCUACCUGAAUAUCAACCUCCUGUUUAUAUUCCAAAGUCAACAUCACCACCAGUUUAUUCAGCAGCACCUGUUCUAGCCAAUCUUCCAGUUUAUCAAGAUACUCUGUUCCGGGAGACUGCUGCAUCUUCGGCUCCUGUUUACGAUGCCUCUGCUCCAGCAUAUGAGGCCCCUGCUGCUGCUCCAGCAUAUGAGGCCCCAGCAUAUAAAGCUCCUGCUCCUGCAUAUGAAGCUCCUGCUCCUGCUCCAGCAUAUGAAGCCCCUGCUUCCGCUCCUGCUUAUGAAGCUCCUGCUCAAGUGCCUGCUCCUGCCAAAGCAUAUUUUGGACCUCAGAGUACUUUUGAAUCUGCGUCUGAUGAAAAUACAUUUGAUCUUUACAACAGUCCUUCGUCCACUGCCUCUCCCCCUGUUUUCACCUACUCAUCUCCAUCACCUUCAUAUUCAUCCCCUUCCAUACAAAACAACUAUGCCAGUCCUCAAUUCAACUUUCCCGGAGAAUCUGGAUAUAUUUUUCCACAGCAAUCAUAUCAACCAUCUCCUAGCCCAGCUCCAUUCACAGCUUCACCCUCUCCAUCAUCAUAUCAACCCUCUCCAUCCCCGUUUCCUUAUCAGGGUUCUCCAAGUCCAGCUCCUUACCAACCCUCUCCAAGUCCAGCUCCUUACCAACCUUCUCCAUCCCCAUCUCCUUAUCAAGGUUCUCCAAGUCCAGCUCCUUACCAACCCUCUCCGAGUCCAUCCUUACCCCAACCUUCUCCAACCGCAGCUUCAUACCAAGCUGAAUACCAGAAGCCUGCACCAUUUACUGCAUUCAAAAGCUUUAACUCUCCGUCGCCUUCUGACAAUAUAGAAAAUGUUCCAGUUCUAGAGUCACAGGAGCCUUUCAAUGACAUCUUUUUAAAAAAUGAUUCACCAAUCAGUGAAAUAGUUGAUCUGAGAACCUCUCAAUCUGUAGAAAGUGUUCAGGGAACAAAUGGUUUAACUCCUGAAUCUGAUGUUUUCUAUAUUUACUAUGAGAAUGAAAACCAGAAUGAACAGGAUGAGGUUGAUGUGGGUAAACUUGAAGAUGCUGAACCCUACAGUGGAGAAAUAUUUGGAGAUGAUAAUAUAAUUCCAUCUUUUUCUGUUAAUGAGGAUAAUAAUGUUCCCCUGUUCUAUGAUAUACCCUUGAGAGUUGAGGAGAAUGGUGAAGGAUUUGAUCCACCCAGUGAAAUCAGAACUAUCUAUGUACCUGUUGAGAAUGCUAUAAAUGUUCCAAGCAGCUUUGAUAUCAAUGUUGGAACUACAUUGGGGAAAAGUAAGAACAAGCCUGGUUCCAGCUUCCCCAACUUCCCAAAUUAUAAUUCUGGUUCCGGGUCCCCUAAACAGGGUGGUGUAGAUGUAUAUGAGAGUGAGGGAGUAAAGAUAAGACGACCUGUCAGACGACCUCAAUCUCCUGUUGUUUUUGAAACUGAAGUUAUAGAUGAGAACAACGUCAGCUCUGUACCAUUCGGAACAAGACUUUCUCCAAGAGAGCAGUAUGAUCCACUGACAUUAAGAAGAUGAAGAAAACUUGAAAAACACAAUUAUCAUGAAAAAAUAGGAAAAAAUUUGAAAUAGAAUUUAUUUCUAUUCCUCUAACACAAGAAUCUCAGUAUUUAUCUAAACAAUAUAAAGUAGAACAAUAUUUCUGUCGUUUAAAAAUAUCGUUUUUGAAGAUUUUAAAGAAGAAAAAGUAUAUAUUACACAUUUCUAAAUCAUACCUCCCAAUUUAUGUUAUAAGACAAGAAAAACAUGAUGACCAAUUUUCUCGACGAAUUUCUGAUUUUUAUAUUCAUCAAAACUUGAUGCUGGUAAAAACUUCAACAAUAUAACAUGUAUGUCUUCAAAUGUACUGCAAAUUAUUGUGCAAUUCAAAACAGAAAUCAGUUCACCUGCCUGUAAUUUACAGUACUUAAUCAAUGUAAUUUAUAAAUUUUUAUAAAAAUAUCAAUAUCAUUUCUAUGUAAUAUAAGAAUCUCAUAAAUAUGAUAAUAUGCAGUUGUAUAAUAAUAUGCCGUUUUUUACAAUUAUUGUUGUAUAAAAUAUCAUAAAGA